GGACGAGAAAAGGAAACCGUAAUUCAAAAGAAGGAAAUUGAGGAAAACAGUUUCUACCCCACGAAACACAGCCUUCCCGCUUAAAAGCUACAACACUCCCCGCCGGCCACCUCAACUCAGUCUUUUGCAGGUCUUCCGUCCGGCGUUCCUCCUCGGCAUUGAAAUUCUUCCCUUCGCUGAGUUUGAAAGGGCUUGGUUUCUGGUUGCUAUCAGUUUUCCAGAAUGGAGAUAGAUGCUGAUGAAAAAGACAAAGGUCUUGUUCUGCUGAAGCAAGGCGCCGAAGCUAGAGUUUUCAAGUCAACCUUUGUUGGAAGGAAGUGUAUUGUAAAAGAAAGAUUUUCAAAGAAGUAUAGGCAUCCAACACUGGACUCAAAGCUUACACUUAAGCGCUUGAACGCAGAAGCUAGGUGCAUGACAAAAGCUAGAAAACUAGGAGUUACAACCCCGGUUCUAUUCUCAGUGGACCCUGUAUUGCAUACUCUAAUAUUUGAGUUUGUUGAGGGCCCUAUGGUUAAGGACCUAUUUCUCGAGUUUGGUUCAAGUGGAAUUGUUGAAGAACGCUUACAGGAUAUCGCAACACAAAUAGGGGACUCUAUUGCAAAACUGCAUGAUGGUGGCCUUAUUCAUGGAGACUUGACAACCUCAAACAUGCUAAUUCGUAAGGAUACCAAUCAACUGGUGCUAAUUGACUUUGGUUUGAGCUUCACAUCUACUUUACCAGAAGAUAAAGCAGUGGACUUGUACGUACUUGAAAGGGCAUUGAUAUCUAUGCACUCUUCUUGCGGAAAUGUGGACAAACAUUUGUGUUUAGAUGGAAAAGGCGCUUGCUGCAUACAGGAAAUCCUCGAAGCAGUGGUGUUCUACGACAAACAAGUUAGCUCAAGUUAGACAGAGAGGUAGAAAGCGCAGCAUGGUUGGGUAAGCUGCAGAAGAAUCUUCAUAGAAUAGUUUCAUGUAUUAUUUAUUUAUUCAUAGAUUGUGCAUUUUUAUUAGUUGUAUCAAGCUUACUUGUUAACAUAAGCUUGUUCAGUAUUUGUACUCAAUCCUCGAUACGGAGUAUAUUUCAAUGUUGCAGUCUGGUAGGAAUAGUCAUAGUUUGCAAGAUCCUUCUGUAUCAUAUUAGUGCAGAACCACUGAAGUUUUUUUUUUUGGAGAAAUCCAUUUUGUCAAAGAAAACUCAACUAUAUGAUUGCAUUAUAAUGGAGGAGUUUGUACUCUGUCA